ACGAAACGCUAUCCCGCGGCGACGUAAUAGAGACGGGUGGCGUCGUUCCGAGAUUCGCGCGCGCGGCAACUCGGAACGAUCGAAAAGUUCGGAGGGCAGUCGGUUCGAAGCCAGCUUUGAGUCAUUGGUCGAUAUUCUAAAAGCGAUCAAACCACGGCGAUACACGCGGCAGAGUUGUUUUUUUCCGAAAUACCUCGGUACCCGGCUCCGUCGCGGAAUGAGCAGCUUCGCCGACAGGACUCGUGCCGAUGCGGAACUCUAGAGACGGGCGCAUAGGGGAGAAAUGCAAGCGCACUUCACGUUUCGUGUGAUAUCGGUGACGAUCAUCUGUUGGAACGGGAACGGGUACGGGUACGGAUAUGGGUACGGGUACGGCCGCGGGCACGAUCAGAUUAACAAAGGGAAACUCGAAAAGAAGGAGGAUGAUUCAUUCUGCCGACCGUUCCCUGGGAUCGUUUUGGAAGAGAAGAAAAUUCGACGGUUCGACAACGGAAGUUUAGUUCACAAUCAACUGACAUUCCCGAAGGAUUCUUAUCGGGUGUUCGGCAAUCAGACUUUUGGGUGUGUGUGCAAUCUGCGUGCCUGCCUGAAGAAGUGUUGUCGUCGCAACGAAAUACUGGGCGCCGGUGACCGACCGAAUUGCACUAGAUUAACGAACGGCUCUCUCGGGCCUGAUCUGAUUCUGCAACGGGCCCAACUCGCUCCCGAGAUGCACGAGAUCGCGAACCGAGCGAUCGGGGAUUUGUUCGUACUCGUGGAGAACAUGGAUUGUCCUAAGAAUACGGUCAGAUACAUGCUCGAGCCGGAGAAGUAUAAGGACGACACGUUCGUUCUCGAACGAAACGGCACCCUUCGGACGGCCACGAGUAUAUUCUCGGCGUGGAAUUAUUGCCUCGACUGGAAGGAGUCUUUUCAGAAGAUCGGCGUCCUCGUUUGCCUCAACACUACGGGAGGUUCUCCCCCGAACGAGCAGGAAACCUACUACAACAUUGGCAUUAUAAUUUCCAUUCCGUUCUUCCUCGCCACGUUUCUAGUUUACGCGAUUAUUCCAGAAUUGAGAAGUCUUUACGGGAAAACCUUGAUGUGUUACGUCGCCUGCCUCGUUCUCGCGUACACCUUCCUCGUGGUGGCCAGUCUGUUCUACUUCGCGUUUCACCUGUGCUCCGCAAUAGACCGGACGACUAACGAUAAUCAGUCGGUUCGCGAAACCGUGCUUACAACUAUGCUCAGCAUUCAUCCCAGUCGGGAAACUGUUUCCAACGUAAAGAAAAUUUGGUUCGUGUCGGUGAUGUCGACGCUGUCGAUAGUAUUGCUGUUGGCUGUGGUGUCAGUGAUAUCGGCGCUAUCGGAUCGCGCGAUCCUCAAGGCUUCUCCGAACGGCAGUUUCAGUGAGAACGGAACCACCGAUCUGGUUAUGCGUUUCGCCCCGAAACUUCUGGUCCCUCUUUGCUGCCAGCUGCAUUAUCGAGCAACGAAGGAAGGAUGCGUCGAAGCGAUCGGCACCGUUAAUCGGUUCCCUCCCCUUUAUCGUUCCGGUGACAUGGCGUUGCUCGACGGAGCUCCGACCACGGACAGCUUCCGUUUCGUCGUUAACAAUCCUUGCAACGAUCGGUUCCGACUCGAACCCGACAAGUACCCGGACGAUCGGUUCAUGUUCCUCGACAACGGGACCAUUUACAAACCAGUGGAGAACGUCCUCUUGGAGCGGAACUUCUGUUUCGCUCGGAUGGAGAGCGACGAGUACGUCGUGCUCGUUUGCUUCGACGAGGAAGAGGUGCAAGAUGAUAACACGUUGUCCAUUGGAAUGAUCGUGUCAGCGCCGUUUCUCCUCGCCACUUUGCUCGUUUACACGGUGAUACCCGAAUUGAGGAACCUGCACGGACUGACGCUCCGCGGAUACGUUAGUUGCCUGUUCAUCGGCUACACGUUGAUCCCGCUCGCACAUAUCGCGCCGGAAGUGUGGAUCACGGACCCAGUCUGUGUCGCAUUCGCUUUCAUCAUCCACUUCUCGUUUCUGGCCAGCUUCUUCUGGUUGAACGUGAUGUGCUUCGACAUUUGGUGGACAUUCGGAGGUUUCCGAUCACUUCAAGGCAGCGUGAAGCAGAGGGAACGAAAGAAAUUUGUAAUAUAUUCGAUCUACGCCUGGGGUAGCGCAACCAUCCUUACCUGUAUUUGCAUUCUGAUGGAGUACCUACCUAAUAUCCCAGAAAACUUUAUUCGACCGCAAUUCGGAGUAGGAAGCUGUUGGUUCGGAACGGACCAAGCGAGAGCAAUAUACUUCUACGGACCCAUGGGUAUUACGGUGUUCUGUAACAUAUGCCUCUUCGUCUCCACGGCGGUGAAGAUUAUAAAGCACAAGAAGGACACGGCUAAUCAUUUAAGAGGCGCGGAUAGCAGGCGACACGACGACAACAAACAAUGGUUCAGUCUGUACUUGAAAUUGUUCAUUGUAAUGGGGAUCAGUUGGUCGAUGGAGAUAAUAUCGUGGCUGUUCAACAAUUCACCGCGGUUCAUCUGGUAUCUGACCGAUUUGACGAAUACGUUGCAAGGUGUACUGAUCUUUCUGAUCUUCGUCUGGAAAGAUAAAAUCAGGCGUUUGCUUCUGAAGAAAUUCGGCUGCCACGGGUCCAACGUUGUUUCGAGAAAUUCGACGCGCAGCGCGUACCACAGCUCGACCUCGCGCACUGGUACGUCGACGGUGCAGACAGCGGUACCGACGAACGUAUCAUCGACACCGGCAUCCGCAACGACAACGAUAUCCGCAGCGACGACCACACUGCUCCAGGAAAAGGGUAAUGAACCGUUACCUCUGCAGGAGGAUAAUUUAAAGUUGUCCGAAUAUAACGGUCACUGUUUUUAAAAUAUAAUUCUUAGCGCGCGCGUUGUUGCUUUCAUAUCGAUGUUCAUUGUCAAUCUUACAUGUACGCUCGUGAUCGAUUUACGCGGAACUUUGAUUUCAGCGAAUGAAUAAGUAAGAUGGGAAAAGGCCAAAAACAUACUAUCUAGUCGUUGAAUUACUAGCAUUAUAUAAUAAUUAGACUGCAAGUGCUCGUGUGGAUUUAUCGUUUUUGUAAACAAUUCUACGGAAGCUAGUGUCAAAGAUAAAUUUAUUUUUGAUCGAGUUACAAAUCGAAUAGAAACUUUUAUUAACUCUCGUUGAAUAUUUUCUUUUUCUGAAUGUUUUACAUAUCUGCAUGCGGCGUCAAUAGAUCCAUGUUUAUAAUAUUCUAGUUAAUGGGUUUUAUUACAAGUCUAGUUACGGGGCAAUGAUUGGAAACUUCCGAAUGAUUUUCGCAAAAGCAAACUCCAAGCAUUUGAAACGAUCUCCGAAUCGAUGGAACAUGCAUUUCCACAUAUACGAUAAACAUCUAUUUUAGCAUUUAUUGAUCACGGUCUCUUCUUCACUGUGAUGUAUGGAACCUGACAGUUUACGUAAAAACAUGCCAAAUAUGGAAUGAUUAAAGUGUGUCGGCGAAUGUACUUUAACAAUACCAUAAGUGUUAUUCACCGUUCCGUCUCUGUGAGACGAGCUGUGCGAACAAAUUUUCUACAUUUCUUUUUAUGUGUCAGACAUAUGUA